UGGAACGUGGGGCGAGUAACAACCAAAACUAAUCUCCGGUGGUGUUUUCGGUGUGCUACGAAUCGAAAUUGGUGAAACUCGAGCUACCUACAGCUGGCGCGAGUCGCGGCGAAGUGUUCGCGGAAUUUUUCUUUUACCUUUCCCUUACUGUGUGAUUUUUCGUUUUCGGUUUCUCUCGAAUAGUGGAAGCGCGCGGGCGAGCGAGUGAAAACGUGCGACUUUUUUCUUCGGUCGGUGGCGUUUUAGUUUGCCCUCCUCCCCAUUAUUCAUCUUCCAAAUUGUAAACAACACCAAACAAAAAGCGGUGAAGCAACGGAAGGCCUGUGGUGCAGAUCAUCGUCGAUUUUGGAGCCUCUAAAACCAGCAGUGGCAUCCGGAAGGCAGCGCAAAUUUUGCCGUUGUGUGUAACAAAUUGAAAAGCUCAAAAAAAAGGUGAACAACGUAUUGAGUUUGGCAUUGGGUGGUUUGUAGAAGAAGGUGGAAAAAAGUUCGAUACCAGAAAAAAAACCUAACCGUGCUGUCCGCGAUUGCGAAACAGCUGAUGGUUUGUGGUGAAUGAGUGAGUAAGCGAGUGGAAGAAAGCAAAAUAAUGAAAGAUUGAGAGUGCGCACCUUUGGAAAAAAUUAAUAUUUGUUAUUGCGCGUCCAUUGACCGGGGGCCCCGAAUGAAUUGCAUCCUGUUGCAGCUAAAUAGUUGGAUUAAUUGAAGUUGGAAAAAUUGCACCGUGUGAAACCUACUACGUACUUACGGCGGCAGUUGCCAAUUUAUUUCCUCGAUCGGAGCAGCGACUAAAUUGUUGUUUGCUUGAAGCUGAAUAAUUUCUGCCAUUAUUAUUGAGAGAAGCAACGACCCGUAAAAUACACAUUUCCGAGAGCCGUUUUUUCCUAUUUAGAGGGAUAAUCUUGCACAGGAUAGACACAUUAACAGAAGGCGGGAGAAGGUGAAAUCUUCCAAAGACAUUUCCCGCACGCAAACGCAAACACACGUACAACACCGGGAAACAACAGAAGAAAAAACACACUAACACACACAAAUCCAUUGCGAAACGCGAACCCAAAGUCCCCUAUGAACAGGGAUGGUAGAAGAAAUGGACCGAGGACGACGAUUGCCGGACGACAGCUGCUGCUGUGAGAACACUCCAUUUUUGGUCGGUGUCGUCGCCAGCAGGGUUGAUGAUGAUGGCCGGAAGUCCUGCAACAGCAACAACAUCAACAAAAACAGCCGAAAAAGUCGCUCGCUGGCGACCCGGUGGAUGUACGCGGCCCUCAUUGCCUACGGGUUGCUGUGUUGCCAGAUUGUCGCUGCCAAUGGUGGGGGCAUCCAUAAACGAAGCGGCAACACUGCUGCAUUAGAUGAUAGUAGCAAUAGUGAAACCUUAGAAUUAACGGCCUGUCAGCAUCUGCGCCGGGCAGAGUCGCGGCGAUCCAAAUCGCUCGGGGACCACCUGUUGCACUCGGUGCGGAUACCCCGCUGUACGGCUCUCGGGGACUUCGAGCCGGUGCAGUGCUCCAACGAGCUGAACGGGACCGAGUGCUGGUGCGUGGACGAGUACGGUGUCGAGCUGAUCGGAAGUCGACGAGGCCAUGCCGAUGACGUCAACUGUACCGUCAUCGAAACGCAGUGCCAAGCGAGCAGCUGCCGGAUGUUCUGUCCGGCUGGAUUCGCCCGGGACCUGGACAGUGGUUGCCCGAUCUGCAAGUGUCGCGACCCGUGCGAAGGCGUCCAAUGUCCCCGGGGGCAACAGUGCGAACCUCAGGAGGUGGCCUGCAAAAAUGAACCAUGUCCACCGGUGCCAACAUGUCGAAAAGCCCGAUCCCUGGCUGAUCUUUGCCCUGCUGGACAGCCUCUUGCCAUUCAGGACACCGCCCGUCCUUUCCUAUGCGGCAAUGACCCCGGUAAACCGUCCUGUCCACCUCUGUACCGUUGUCUGGUACAAUCCGGAAACGACUACGGAGUCUGUUGUCCAGCGUCGCUCCACUUCGAAAAACCCGGUACCUGCCCGAAGCCCGAAGAAAUCACCUCCACCGACAAUACGGGCUUCCUGUGUGGAACUCCUUGCAGCCACGAUCUUGAAUGUGCACAGAUGCAGAAGUGUUGCACUUCCAACGGGUGCGGUCGUAACUGUCAGCAGCCGCGCAAUGUUACCAGCUGCCAUCAAGCGCGGAUGCUUUCGGAACUACUCUCGGUGAAUGAACGUGAAGGCCGUGGAUACGUGCCACAGUGUGACGGACCCGGUGGAAGUUUCUCGAACCGUCAAUGCUCUCGUAAUGGGUUGGUUUGUUGGUGCGUUGAUCCCAAAAAUGGUAACAAGAUCAAAGGAACCAUGGGUGCGGCUCAAUCGGUCAACUGCGAGGGAGUUGAAAACAUGAUUGGUCGCAGUGGCGGACGUAGCGUCGAUGGUGCCGGAGGUCUUUGUGAUCAUAACAUCUGUGCUGCAGUGUGUGAAUACGGUUUCAAAAAUGAUCACAACGGUUGUCCCACCUGCGAGUGCUCAGAACCAUGCGAGGGUUUCCUAUGCCCAUCGGGAUCACACUGUGAAGUUGCGAAAGAUCCCAAAUGCACCCUCUUUUCGGGCUUGUGUUCUUCUGAACCCGUCUGUAAACCAGAUCUAGUGUAUUCCAAUCCCUGCGAGGUUGGAACUCCUCUAGCCGAUAACAUUACUGGUGAGCUGAUGUAUUGUCAUCUAGAUCGUCCGAAGAGCCGCGAGUAUCAAAGCCGAACUUUCUUCGACGCUGAAGACGAAUUGGAAUCGAGUCGUAAACGAUCACUGUCCAACACGAUUAACUGCCCAGAAACUCAUGAAUGCAUGAAGUUGCACGGUGAAGCAGGAAGCGUCUGUUGCCCGGUGGAGAAUGAAACCCUUGCAACACCUGAAGGUCGUCAACAGUCUAUGUGCGAAUACCUGCGGGAUUUCUCCGACCGGAUGGAAGGUACGGUUGAAGGAAUGGAGCUUGCUAUACCACCUCCUUCCUGUUCCAUGGACGGGGGCUACGAAUCUGUUCAAUGCACGCGGCGGAAGACACGGGUCAGUAAAUCUGAACAACGGCGCUACCUCGAACAGAACAACAUUCGCCAAAUGCGAAAACUGUUGGAAGAUGCCAAACGUGUUAGAAGAGACGCUGGUCCUGCCCUGAGCCCUCAAAACUUGAAACUUAUCAAGGUCGAUGAAACAUAUGAAAACGGAGGCCGUAUGUUGGAUGAAGCCGAGAGUGAUUCCGAUGCGUUGAUGGCGUAUUUGCGGCAACGGAUGCUGAUUACGGACGAAACGGAUGAUUUGAGCCUUCAAGGAAGAUCUGCAAAGAUCAUCGACUUCAACCGAUUGGACUCCAAGAAUGCUAACGCGAACUUAGAAAAGCCCGACGUUAAGCCAUCUAUGCUGUUGAAGAAGCCCAGCCAGGCAGAGGAAGAACUGGUAGAAAUCGAUAUUGAGGAAUGCUGGUGUGUUGAUCACUUCGGUACCGAGAUUCCCAAAACUCGAGGAAUGAACUCUACCAGGAAGACAUGUGACGAUUUGAGAGAAUCGCUCGGAUGUCUCGAUCUGACCUGCCGAAUGGGAUGCGAUUAUGGAUUCAUCCUUGACUCUGACACUCAAUGUCCUUCUUGUGAGUGUCGAGAUCCUUGCGAUAGCGUUGUCUGUCCCGAUAAUCAAGAAUGUCGAUCGGUUGAGGUUUCCUGCGAAGGCGAAUACUGUCCACCCGUACCGGCAUGUUUCCCGAAGAAACCCGGCCAGUGUCCGUUCUUGGUUCCUCCGGGCAACGAACAUGCCGAGUCAGACUCUUGCGAAUACGAAUGCCGUACCGAUGCCCACUGUGAGGGUUCAAAGCGAUGCUGUUCAAAUGGCUGUGGUACCCAGUGCGUUGAACCCCAACUCAAAACUGCCUGUCAACACCUACAAACUAUUCAACUACACCAAGCUAGUGAACUUGGAGUUCCACCGAAGCAGAAGUACAUUGCUCAAUGCGAUAUAGACGGAAGCUACCGCACGGUACAGUGCGGCCCUGGUAACGUUUGCUGGUGCGUGGACGAAUACGGCAACGAAAAGAGUGGAACAAGAGUUACUAGCGCUGAACCUAACUGCGAAAUAUACCCCAAGACAGAAUGUCCGACUCGAAAGUGCUCAGCCUGCGAAUACGGUUACAAAAUCGAUGCCAACGGGUGCAAAACGUGCGAAUGUCGCAACCCGUGUGAAGAGAUUUCCUGUCCACGCGGCGAAGAAUGUCAGCUGAUUCAGGUGGAAUGUAUCUCGGUACCGUGUCCCAAGAUGCCGAUCUGCGUUCCGAUCCGUGAAUCCGUGUGUCCCGAAGGGCUUCCGCUGAAGUUCGGUGGACGGGAGAUCGUUUGUGGACCCCAUGCCGAUGCCGAGUCUUGUCCUUCAACACACACCUGUCAGCUUAAUCCGAUCAGCAACCGAGGAUCUUGCUGUGCAAAGACAAGAGAUGUAUGUUUUGAAUCGAUCGAAUCAAGCUGCCUCGCAUCCGAAGUUCAUCUGUCCGACAGUAACGAUGUGGACAGUAUCACCAAGUGGCGUUUUAGUCCUCGACUUAACAAAUGUGUACCUGUAAAUUUACCAAAGUCCUCGAUUUGUCAGUCGAAAAAUUUGUUCCAUAGCGAACAGGCCUGCACCGGAGUUUGUCCGGUUCUGUCUCAAUGCGAGCGGUUGCGGUUGAAAAAUGCGAUGGCUGCAAAGCGAGCAGGACAACCUAGCACUUGGUUCCAACCCAGAUGCGAUCCGGAAACCGGUUUCUGGAGCCCAGUACAGUGUUUGGGGUCUACUAGCCCUUCUAAUGGUACAACGACUCAGGAAACACCCAGUCUUGGAGUUUGUUGGUGCGCCGAUAAAAAGGGAGCCCCCGUUAAGGGAUCUUUGACCAAGGGAUCGGAACCCUUGUGCAGUAGUCGCCAGGCCAGGAAACGCGUUACCAACAGCAAGGAGAAAUCCAGUGACCCAGUUAUGGAAGAGUUGAUUCGACAGAUCACUUUCUUAGUAGACGAAAACAACUACAUUGAUGAAGAUUUAGAACCAACAGUUCCUGCGGCCAGGGCUCCAAACACGGUUGCCAAUUAUGCUCCGGAACCACGCUACAUAGGCUCUGUAUCGGCGGUAACGGAAAAGAUCAUUGAAAUGGCACGAACCGAUGAUGGAAGCAACUAUAUCGAGGACUCGUUUAAAAAACUUAGCGCUUCAACGACUCGCUGCCAGGCGCUGCAGCUUGCUGCUUCUUUCCCAGUAGAUUGUGAUGAUAAUGGAGCAUUCGAAUCUACUCAAUGCAACGCAGACACCUGCUGGUGUGUUGACGCAGCUGGAAAUCAGCUACCGCAUUCCAGUACUUUCAAACGUGGCCAGAGAGCUUGCUUGUUUACUCCGAUUGACGCUGUUGAAGUUGAGCUGCACCUCAACAAUCCUCACCAACGGGCUUUGCUCAACUUGUACGAAGUGCUUCGUAAUGAUCUUUCAGCUUUGAUAGGAAACAUCUUCGACAACUAUCGAGUUCAUGAGAACGGCGAUGGAAGUGUGACGCUUCGUUUCGACCUUAUCGAGGACAAUAAAGUGGAUGACGCAUUCGCAAUAGAAGAAAUGGUGCGAGACCACGUGUUCAUCAUGUACCACGGAGCCCUCGCAGCGGACGUCACCCAGUCCCGCUUUUUGCAUAAAAUAUCUUCCAACCUUCCGAUCCCUCAACAAUCCUCCGGCAUUCCGGAGAAUACCUUUCAAACUAUUGUCUUCGUACUGGCCACAGCAUCGGCCUUCCUCGUAAGCAUCCUAGUCGUGUUUGUUAUGCUCAAACGCGGCAAGAACAAGAUGAAGCACUACAGCAAUGCCAACCACCGGAUGAUGAGCAUCGGUGCAGAUAAGUACCUGGACUAUAGCUCCCCGAUCUUUGUGCUCAGUGCCAACGACGCCAAAUCCUUGUCGGAACAGUAUCAGCGACCAUCGGCGACCAGCACGGUGCCGACGGCCGAAAGCGAAAGACCAAACUGAACUGUUGUGCGUUCCAGAGCUUUGUUGAGUUGUUUUUGAUAGUCGUUUAUUAACCGGAAAAUUGAUCAUGCUGUCGGCAAACGAAGAAAGUGUUCAACUACUUCCAUUGAACAGAGACUGUUGUUUUAAAACCUGCAUUCAAUUGUUUUAAAGUGUCAUUUUUUUUAUUUAGAAUCUUAGAAAAUUAUUCUCUCGAGGUUGUUUAUAACAGAACAAUUUUCUGCUAUUUUUUACGUGGAUAUGCGUUCAUUAAAAAAUUUGUUAAAACGCCAAAUACGGCUCUAUACCCGUUACAAAUAGUCGAAAGCCUGUAGGUUUUUGCGCCUUUUAAAAGCAGUUUGAUCCAUUUUCCGCUCAGCAUAAAACGGCUGGUUUUUUGUUCAUCACGGAUGAAGUUUGAAAAUUGAAAAUAAAUAAAACAUUUACAAAAAAAAUACACCGAAAAGAUGAAGCUGUUAAACCAACUUGAAACCGUGGGCCAAAAUAUCAAAUUUCCUCUUUUUCUGUAAAUAGUGAAUAAUUAACUAAUCAUAUACUUUAAAUAAAUACUACUGGAAAUUUUUACCAUAAUUCUAGCAACGGGCUCAUUCCAUUCCAUAAAAUUAGACUAAAAUUAAUGAAUGAGUAACUUUAGAAAUAAAUUGUUUCCCUUUUUGGAGAAAUAACGUAGUAGAUCGUAAAAUUGUAAAAAUCUCGACUAUCUAACCUCUCACAUAAUAUUUUUUAAUAAACGGACCACCCGUUGAUUCUCUAUUUAUCUAUACCUUUCACAACUUCCUCUACAAUUUUCAUUCUAUGAAAACAAAAUAUCUAAAAUGGUCUAUUGAAGUUACUGUUUCUCAUUGAAUUAUUCCGAACAAAAACUGUUUCACAAAAAUGUAAAUACAUGCUUGCUGAUAUGAAUAACACGAAGCUAUACUAAUUUGUUUAGUACUGUUUAUGACUUAGUUUGAGGUUCUUAUCAAAAUAACUUCUAUUUAUUUAGGUUCAAAGCCUUACUUUACACAUUAAUUACAAAGUGCUAAUCUCUAUCCAAACUACUUUUGCGGUGAGUGAUCCAAAUUGAACCACGUGUAUAACGAUAGUACAGAAGUUUAGUUUAAAAAAGUGAAAACUCUUGUUUCGAAAAACUACCAAAUUCCAAGGUAUCUAAUGUCCUUUUGUAAAUAAACUGUGUAGACCGAACUGAAAGGCACCCCUCUCCUCCAAUAUAUCAGUGUGGAACUCUGGAAAAAAAUCUGUCGUCCUGUUUCAAUGAAAUUGAAUAUAAAGGUUGAUAAAAAUA